AUGAGUGCAUCUUCUUCUGUUCGUCGUUCCUCCACUUCUAAAUCUGCUCCAAAAGCUACUUCUGCUUCCAAGCCUGUCUCUUCUGCUUCCGAACCUUGUAUUCCAAAUGAAGAAGACGAAGAAUUAACACCAAUUGAAACAACCAGACAUCAACAAAACCCCUGCUGUAACCACUGUGAUCUAUUGUUAUGGAAAAAUCCUGUUGAAACAGGUAAAGUCUUUGGUGGCUUAUUAUUACUGUUGAUUUUUAUUAAAAAGAUCAACUUUAUUACUGGUACUUUAACUAUAUUCUACUAUGUCACUUUUAUCACCUCUGUUGUUGAGAUUGUGACAAAAAAGUUUAUGGGUCAAGGUUUAAUCACAAGAAUUUCUCCAAAAACUUGUCCAAACAUUGUUUCUUUGAUUAAACCAAAAAUCGAUAGAUUCUUAGUUGAACUACCAAAAUACCAAGCCCAAUUUAGAGAAUUAAUCUUUGCUAACAAACCAUGUUUGAGUUUGAAAGCUUCUGUUGUUGCCUAUGUGAGUUGUAAAAUUUUGAGUUUGUUUACUUUAUGGACAUUUUCCUUAUUGGCAGUUUUUGGUACUUUUACCUUGCCAUUAGUCUAUGCUAAAAAUCAAGAAGUUAUCGAUGAACAUGUUGCUAGAGUUGUUAAGCUAACUAAACAAAAGACCAAUGAAUAUUCUGAUUUAUGUUGUAAAAAGUUGGAAACCACUCCUUUAGGUAAAUACUUGCCAAAGAAAACCGAUACUAUCAAGAAGAGCUCCAUUCCUAUUAUUGAUGACAGUACCGCUCAAACCACUGGUAGUAGUAGAUUCUCAGAAACCAAAAGUACCGGUUCUAUUCCAACCACUCAUUCCUCUUCUUUGGAAAACGAUUCUAGUAUUGAAGAAUUGAAGAGUGAAUUUGCUAAAAACAAAAGAAACGUAGGUUUUUAA